AUGAGCAUGGACGCUGGCGGUCUUGCUCAGAUGACCUACAACAACUUCCAAUCCCAAGGCGGAUUCGGCGGGCCCACCUCGAGCUUUGCGUCUCGUGGCAAGGGUGCUCAGCUUAAGCGUCUCAGCGUCGCUUCACCGCCCAAGGUUGCCUCCAUCGCCGAGGACUCGGUUGCGACUCCUCGCACCAGUCGCUCCCAUCUCCUAGCCGGCCUUCGCACCGCGCCCAAGACGCCCACAUCUGCGCAGCCUCCUGCCUCGGCUCCUUACUCGCAGCGCCAGCAUAACGUUGGUAACAACAAUGCCAACCGCCCCUCCAGGCAGUUCAACGGUGCCAACCAGGGUCCUCAGACUGCCAUCGGCUCUGGUUUCAGCGGUAUGAACCAGUACCAGCAACAGCAGCAGCAGCAGCCCGACUUCUACAACCAGGUCCUGGCCCCUCCUCAAUUCGAGUUCGAUGACGGCGAGAUGGAUCCCAACGUUGCGGCUCAGCUGUUGGCUACCGAGCUGUACCUCGCUCAGAGGCAGCAGCAGCUCCAGCAGCAACUCCUUGCCCUGACAACCCAGCAGUUCGGCAACAUGAACAUGAGCGGUGGACAGCAGUACUCUAACACGCCAUACACUCCGCAGAUGAACGCUUAUGGUCAGCAGUUUGGAAACACUGCUGCCAUCCAGGAGACCAACCAGCCAGGUGUCUACCUUGUCUUCAAUCAGAUGACUGGCCAGUACCAGUACGUCGUAGACCCGAGCUACCAGCAAGACAACGGCGACAUGCAGGCUCAGAAUGGUCUGUCGGGUCUCUCGCACUCGCCGCCUCCGCCAACACCUCGGUUCGCCACAUCGCCGCCCAAGGUUGACACCCCAGUACUCCACGUGUCUCCUCCCAACGAGAGCAACCCCAGCCCUUGGGGUUCGCGCAGCACGUCGCCGCCGAAGAAGUCCAACACUCCACCUCAGGAUGUUGUCCCGCUUCCGCCGCCAUCUGCUAACGCUUUCCGUCGCGGCCACAAGAAGAACUUGUCUUCCCUUGCUGUUGAUGGCAAGGCCGAGGAGGGACCUCGCUCUGCCUUCACUCGCCCAGUCGGCUUCCCUGCCACCCCAAUGACUGGCACAUUCGGCCCCGGUCAAGCACGUGCUGGAGAGCACCCAGUCCGUCAGCCUCGCAACCCUCCCUCCAUUGAGGAACUCAAGGAGCGCCCCACUACCAAGCAUGAGGGUAGCAAGAACUUUGCUACUCGUCAACGUCGCCAGGCUGUGGGCAACCUUGUGCGAGCUGGCAUUGGCCGUCGCGCUCACCGCACUAGCAGCGGAAGCGCCUCACCUGAUAGCGACCACUUCCCUUCAUCUGACAAUGAUUCCGACAGCGUUCGCAGCGGUGGAAGUGGCAGCCUCUCGGGUAGACCCAGCAUUGGGAGCCUUCGUGCUGUUGCCAAUGGCGCCAUUGGAUCAGAGCGCAAGGCCUCAAAGGAGCGCUCCCGCGACAACUCCAUCAACCGCUCCUACACCGCAAACAGUGUUAGCAGCGAUGACGGUGCUUCCAUUGGAGGCGGUCUGGUCGACAUCCGUCCCGAGGAGAACGGCCAACGCCGAGGCAUGCCCAAGCUUAUUCUCACCAACGCUGAGAAGCGCAAGAGCACUGUGUUCUAG